CCGACUGCAGAACAGCUUGCUUUGAACAAUUUGAUCCACAGUAAAGAUUCUACAGCUGAAGAUGCAGAUCUAAAAGAUAAAAUCAAACAGAUAAUGGAUUUGACUUUCUGUUCACAAGAGAAGGCAGAGAUAGCUCUGUAUGACAGUAAAAAUGACAUGGAUAAAGCUGUCAACCAAGUGUUAGAGGGAGGCUCUGAUGAGAGUGAGUGGCGAGAGUCUGGCAAGAAGAAAAAGAAACAAAAGCCAGAGCCUACCCCUGCACCCACAGAAAAUCACAAUGACACCAAACCCGACAGACGAGAUAAUAGAGACAGAAAUGAACGAGAUAAUCGUGACAGAAACAAAGAGGAGAAGGAAAAUGGCGAGCGUAAUUUUCGUGAACAGUCAGACAAUUAUCGGCAGCGUGCCCGUCGUAAUGACAACAGACCUCCAAGGUUAUCACGGGGUCGUGGCAGACCAGACAGAGCUGGAGACAGACCGGAACGUGGUGAAGAGGAGAAUGAAAAAGAUGAUAAUCGUGACAGGGGAUUUGAUCGUGGCAGGGGUCGUGGACGAGGGUUUGGUCCACGACGUGGAAGAGGUGGUGGCAGUGGAGGAGGGAGUGGAGGGACUUUCCGACCAAAUAGAGGUUUUGAAAAUAAGAAUUCCCAGUUUGACAAUGGUCCACAGAUAGAUACAUGGACUAAUGAAACAGCUGUGAUAGGCGAGAAAGAACCAAAAAUAUCUAACUGGGGUGAUUCAAAAGAAGACUGGAAUGAGGAUAUAGAUAGCUGGACUGGAAGUUUGGCAGAAACAAAAGUUUUUACAGCCAGUGGCUCAUCAGCACCAGAACCAACAAAUCCAGUACCGAUAGAGUCAAAUGCACUCUCCAACACGUUCGAUCUCGGAGGAUUAUACCCAAAACAUCUACAAAAUGACAUGAGUGCCGAGGCAAGCUAUAUCAGUCAGUUUAACCAGCAAGCGACGGAGUCAAUCAAGAAUUCUAUAGGGAUUGGAUCUGGACAAAGUUCAUCCCUUCAAAACUCUAUGACCUCACAGACUGCUUCCAAUGUUAGUGCUCUUGUCUCACUACAACAGAAUGCCUUGCAUGAUAAUUUGGGUCCCAGUCUAACAGAAUUGACUGGUAAUAAUUUGACUGGUUCAGGACUUACUGGAAAUAGUUUAAUGGGGACCAGUCUCGGCAAUUCUCUGUCUACCAGUCUGCCGGUGAACAGCCUGACUGGUAGUGCAUUACAUAGUUCCAGUCUGAGUGGCAAUGAUUUAACUGGAAAUAGCCUCACUAGUCUUUCAGGAACCAGUCUAGCUGGUAACAGUUUAACGGGAACCAGUGUUACAGGAAGUGGUUUAUCGUUUAUGACAGGAAGUAGUUUAUCAGCAGGGUCACAGUCUGUUGCUGGUCCCUCAAAUGCCAUUCCAGCAUCAUCGGUGUCCCAAAAUGCAAUGUUACAACAAAGACAGAAGCCUCAAAGAUCAAAGUUACCACCACCAUCAAAGAUUCCAGCAUCGGCCGUUGAGAUGCCUGGUAAUAUGAUGACAACAUUGGACGUUCAGUUUGGUAACCUCGAGUUCGGUUCUGACAGCUCAGCAUUCUCAUUUGGAGGAAAUGAAUCUGUAAAUAGUGCUUUCACUAGUGCUGAUUCUAACAGCACAUCAACUGUAAAUGAUCAUGGCGGUGCAACUGUUGGUCAGGUACAGAAUUUAAGUAAAACUAGCGAGUCACUGAUAUCAGGCGGACUAGAACAAAGUUCUCCCAGGAGCAGUUCCCUAUAUCAGCAGUCACCAUACACGACACCAACCAAACAGAACCCCGCCGAUACUGCUAACUCAAUAAAUUCUCCGCCAGAGUCACUACAAAUGCAGGGAUCUUCAUCGGAUCUGAAAUCCAACCAGCUCAUGGCUGGACAAGCACAACCAGCUUCACUGCCGUCAACGAAAAUUGAUUCAAAUCUUGGUUCUUAUUCAUCUGGUUCAUCAUACCAGUCUACGGGGUACCAGUCACAGAAAUCUUCGGCUGGGUACCAGUCCUCAACUAAACCUGCAGGUUACUCGGGAACUCAGUACCAGUCAGCCCCAAGCCAGAACCAGUCAAAUUCAAGCCAGUUUUCUAGUCAAUAUAGUAGACAGUCUAAUCAGAAUCAGUUUCAGUCUAAUAAUAGCCAAUUUCCGUCUGGUUCUCAGUAUCAGUCUCCUCCAAGUGGGUACCAACCAUCACAAUCAGGGUACCAGUCAGCUCAGUCUGGCUAUCAGUCGAAUCAACAACAGUACCAGUCUGGCCAAAGUCAAUUCCAGAACUUCCAGUCUGGUUCUACAUUCCAGAAUCAGUCUAAUUAUUCCUCUAACCAAUCAAAUCCAAGUGUUUUAUAUCCAACUACUACAUCAACGUCAUAUUCAAGUCAGUCGCCACAAAAUUCACUGUAUUCUCAAAGUUCACGGCCAAAUUCUUACUCUAACCAGUCUUACUUGAACGAGCAUGCGACGGGGGCUGGUUCCUCAUUUCAGACAUCAGUGACACAGUCUAGCUCUGCGUUUAAGGAAACUCAAUCAGGUGCUAGUUCUUUCAGAGACAAUGUUGCUUCCUCAACUAAAACGAGAGACAGUCAGUCGGAUAGUUCGACAUUUAACAGGGACACACAGUCAGCAUCAAGCUUUAGUGAUAGCCAGUCUAUGGCAUAUAAUCGUGACAGUCAAUCUGUGGGUAGUUCAUUUAACAGAGACCCUAGUAGUUCAUUUACACGUGACUCAAAGUCAGCUAGUGGAUCUUAUCCUAGGGAUACGCCCACGACUGACACUGGUGCAUACAGUCGCGAUUCUCAAUCAGCGAGUGCCUCAUAUUCGGGUCGGGAUAGUCAGUCAUCUACGACUGGCUUUCGUGAUACUCAAACAGGUGCCUCUGGGUAUGGAAGCCAGGCAGGCUCGUAUCCAAGGGAGACCAGUCAGUCUCAGACCCAAGCUGGAUAUAGUGCUAAAAAUUAUCGUAACUCUACGGAGGUAACCUCCUUACAGUCCUCGUUUACUGGAAGUAAAUUAGCGGAUAACUUUUCUAAAAUGGGUGUGAAAGAUGGACCAUUGGAUACAAUCCAGUCUUCUAGUUCACAGUUUGAUAGUGUGUCGAGUGCGUCUAAAGCGACAAUAAAUGCAACAUCAUUGACAUCUAGUACAACCUCUUCAGCUAUAUCAUCCACUGGUACGACUGUGAUCAGCAGUACGACAACAAAAAUCUCAACGUUGCCGUCUGCUACAGCUGCUUCAUCCAAAGCCCCACCCAACUUGCCACCAGGUGUACCUUUAAUGGCACAACAGUACAUUAUGGGACAAGCUGGAACCCUGCCUUUCUAUGGUUUACAAGGUCUGCAGGGAUUACAGCAACCCCAGCUGUACAACUUGGAAGAAUUCCAGUAUCUUCAACAGAGAAUGCCACCUCUUGCUACAAGUAACAUGUAUGAUUUACAGCAGGCAACAGCAGCAGGGCUACCAAUCCCCCCUACAACCCUGAACUCUAACAGCACACAACAAACUAUUCCUACAGUGCCAUACUCUGGUUCUAAUGACAGCAGUAAGUUACCGAGAGUGGAUGCACAAUCUCCCACUGGUUCAGUACCAUCAAACUCUCAGCAGUCGGGUAGCGGACAGUCGGCAGCACACCAGCAGCCCUACAUUCAUCUCAACUACAGUUACUAUUAUCCACCAUCACUGAUUCCUGGAGCUGGCUUCCAGUAUCCAAUGAUCCCGAUGCCCCAGGUAACCAAUGCUGCCCACGCCGGCACUCCCGCUAACACACAGUACCAACAGAAAAACUACGGCUCACAUGUACAAUAUGGAACAAAUAAAAUGUAUGACGAUCUGACUGGUCAGUCUAGUGGUGAUUUCUCUAAAAGUCCAUAUGGAACGUCACAGGCACAACCCAAAGCUAACUCAUCAGUGACGGCAGGUUCUGGUUCCAGUGAUAUACAGAUACCUGGCUAUGGUGCCAAAACACAUACACAGGCAUUUGACAAGCAGGGAUUUCAUGCUGGUACCCCACCUCCAUUCAAUCUACAGCAGAUGGCAGCUGGUCAACUGGCAACUGGUACCCAAGCUGGUCCCCUAGGAGCCCCGACUGCAGCGUAUGGUGCACCAUUUGUUCCCAUGAUGACUCAUCAGCCACACUCUCAGAUGCUCCACCAUCCGUUACAGGAUGCAACAUCGUCAAGCCGUGGCAGUCAACAGGCGGGAAGUCACUCUCAGACAAAAACGGCAAGCAAAUCGUACACAGGUUCUAACUGGGGUCCGUACUAGAUUUGACGACUACUAUCAGGACGUACAAAAGAUAAACCAAGCAGUUCAGUUGUGAAUACUUUCGGCUAUAUUUUAUUUCACCAGUGAUUAAAACAAAAAUAUGUUCACAAGUGUUAUAUUAACACCAAAAGAAAAAAGGUUUACGGUUUUUAAAUUGCUUUGUUGAAGGUUUCUUUUUGUUUGUUUGUUAGAAAUUUGAUGCUGUGGCUGACAUUUAGCUGAAAGUAUUUAUAGAUUUAAUGUAGAAAUCUUAUAAAGGGAGAUAAGAGGGUUUUGAAAAUGGUUAUUACUGCUUUGCAACAAAAUUAUGCUGAACUUACCUUUAGAAAAUAUGUCAAGAAAGAAAUGGAAAUAAGAAGUGUGUAAACCUGUGUUUGUAAUUAAAAACAAUAUAAUUAUUUUUGUGAUUAAAAAUGAAUUUCUGUAAAAAAAUGAAGAAGAAAAUUUAGAUUUGCUUAAUGUCACAAAAAAUUUCUAAAUGGCUUUAUAAGUUCAACUACAUUUGUUUGAAUUAUAUUUUUAAAAAAAGAAACUUUAUUUGUGACUGUUGUUGUGUGUAUAUAGACUUCUCUGUUUCUUCUAUUUCUUUCUUUUUUUAUUCAAUUUUUUGUGAUUUAUAAAAGUUUUCCCCACCCACCUGCUUACAAAUAAAAACAGACAGUUACUCUUAAAAUAUAAAUGACAGUAAAUAAAAUAAUAUUCUGUCCAUUCUACUGCAAGAACUGCACUACUUUUGAGCUUUAAGGUGAAAAAGGUUUUUGGACAGUCUAUGUAUAAGUAUUAUUUUGUUUAUAAUGAAUUUGUAUCUUGUCUUUUUUUCUGCCUCCCUGGAUUUGUGGACAUAGUUGUUAUAGUAUAGUAUUGCGCUUACAAUAAUUGGUUUGGUAUUUUGUGUAUAACAGUUAAUUAUUUAUGAAAAAUCAUCUUCAGAUAUUUGAUGGAAUUUUCUGUUUGUUAACUGUAUGAAUUAAGAAAGGGAGAUAUUUCCUUGCAUAUUGAUUCAAGUUAACAGAAGUUGAUAUGAUCAUUCUUUUGACAUGAUUAUUCUUAAGAAAGCCAGAAGUUGCCUUUUUUCUCCCUUUUAAAACAAUGAAU